AUGGCAACUGAAAACAAAUCGAAGCCAUUAAUGUUAUUGGACAAGAAAAGGAAGCAAUAUAUUCCCCAUAAUAGACCAGUGAAAAAGGGUAAAUACGCUCUACGACCCGGAGUUCUUGGGUUCUUUAUAACGUGUGAUGGUGGAAGGGAACGCCAAGCCUCAAACGAAGCCAUUAAUGUUAUUGACUCUUUCUAUGAAGAGCUUGUAAAUGGGACGGAGACAACAAUCAAACAAGCAGAAUUAUCUAGAAAGCCCUUGAAUAAAGUAACCAAAUUUACAUACUCUGAUUCCUCCAGCAGUGAUGAUGAUGACAAUGAUGAAGAUUCAGAUAAUGAUCAUCAUGAGGAUGAAAGCAAUGUACGGACGAAGGAGGAAGAAAACAAACCCGCCAUUGCAACAGGCAUUGUUGUAAAUAAUGAAAAUCUUAUAAAGGAAGAGUUGGGGAAUCAAAAGGAGGAUGGCAUAUCGAGUGAGAAGGAGGCACAAGAAAAUAAAGAGAAAACUGACAGCCAAGAAGUUGAAGCUGUUGAGCCACCGAAUUGGGAGAUAGGAGCAAGGUUAGUUGAAAAGCAGUUUCCAGAUCCUUCACAUGCUCGCAACCUUGACUCAGGUUGUAAUGGUGUUGUCUUUGUGCAAAUGCGCAAAAGAGAUGGAGAUCCCUGCCCAAAAGAUAUUGUCCAACACAUGAUGACGUCUCUGGCUUCAACAAGGAAACAUGUGUCAAGGUUUUUGCUAAGAGUGCUUCCAAUUGAAAUAACAUGCUAUGCAUCUGACGAGGAAAUCAGGAGAGCAAUCGAACCAGUUAUUGAACAAUUUUUUCCCGUAGAAACUCAGAACCCGCUUAAGUUUGCAGUACUCUAUGAUGCUCGUGCAAAUACUGGUGUUGACAGAACAAAAAUCAUAGAUGCAGUUGCGAAAUCUGUUCCACCAGCCCACAAAGUUGAUCUUAGCAACCCAGAUACCAUAUGCUUGAUUGGGAUUGUUGAGAAGUACAAGGAACUGGCCAAGUACAAUGUGAGAGAGCUCCCAUCUUCAUCAAAGUAA